AUGAAUAUCGCCGCCAUGCUAGAGCCAAUGCAUGACGCGCCAACAGCACCGUCUGCCUCGUCGCCAUUGCAGCCAUCGUCGCUGCAACGUCUGCCUUCCAUUACGCAUGUUACGUCUGCACUGCAACAGCAAAACGAACAUCAACCACUCUCAUCGCACAGAAUCCUGCAGCAAUCACAACCUAUGCCAGAGUUGCAGUCUUCAUUGCCGCCGCCGCCUCGACAUGUCCUUCCGCAACGCAUGGACUCCAUGUCUUCAACCAGUUCAUCUACCCAGGGAUCCACUCAAUUCACCCCACAGCAAUUCCCUGCAUCAUCCACACAACGCACAGUGGACGAAGGCGCAUCACGCGAAGAGCUGUCGGCCUCGCCGCCUCAAGCAAGUUCACAAACACGCCAUCGCGGUAAACAAACAAAAGCUGCUUGUAUCCCUUGCCGUAGACGCAAGUCAAAGUGCGAUGGAAUUCGACCCUCCUGUAAAUGCUGCAUCUCAAAAGCCACACCCUGCCAAUAUAGCGUCACCCCAGGCGUAACACAGCAACAAGCUAUGAAGAACCAGCUGGAAGCCUACAAGCACGUCUUGUCAUUGCUUAGGGAAAGCACCAUGGAAGAUGCAGAAGUAUUGGUCAAGAUGAUCAAGGCAAGGGAGAGCUUGUCAGAUGCUGUCGCAGACAUUCAAAUCGCGACACGACAACACCACCCUGGAUAUGUAUGA